AUGGCCAACGUACAACUCAUCUUCGGGGGAGGGUCAUUCCUCAAUGAUAUCAGCAGCCCCUCUAUCGAAGAUGUCAAGAAGGCACUUGACAAGCUUUAUGAGCUGGGUAUCAAGGCCAUUGACACCGCGGUCGUCUACGACAAGUCCGAGGAGUUCCUUGGAGAAGCCCAUGCCAGCGAUCGUUUCACCAUCGGAACCAAAUACCCCAGUGGCUUCGGACCGGAAGGAAGCUCCAAGGAUGGCCUUCUUUUGUCGGCAGAAGAGAGUCUACGCAAGCUCCAAACAAACCAGCUUGAUAUCUACUACUUGCAUGCCCCCGAUCGAAGGACGCCCCUUGAAGGCAUCCUUGAAGCCGUCGACACUCUCUAUAGAGCCAAAAAGAUCAAGCGGUUCGGUAUUUCCAAUUUCCUCGUCGCCGAGGUGGAAGAGUGGAUCCGCAUCGCUAAGGAAAAGGGCUAUGUGCUGCCUUCUGUCUACCAAGGCAACUAUUCUGCUAUCGCGCGACAGGCGGAAGUAGAUCUUAUUCCCACCCUUCGCAAGCAUAAUAUGUCCUUUUAUGCCUACUCGCCGAUUGCCGGCGGCUUUCUAACGAAGGAAGUGGAACAGUUACAAGCUGGGGGCCACGGACGCUGGGACCCAAAGAGCCUCUUUGGAGGACUCUACAAUGCUCUUUACAAUAAGCCUGCCAUGCUAGAAGGACUGCGUCUUUGGGGAAAGAUCUCAGACGAGUCGGGGAUUCCUAAGGCGCAACUGGCCUAUCGGUGGGUAGUUUAUCAUUCCGCAUUAAAAGGCGAACUUGGCGAUUCCAUCAUAUUUGGUGCAAGCAACGUGGACCAAAUUACGCAGACCGUGGACGGGGUUGGUUGUGGUCCUCUGCCUGCGGAGAUCGCAGCGCAGGUUGAGGAGGUGUGGAAGAUUGUGGAAUCUGUGGCGCCCGUGGAUAAUUUCAACAACGCAAUUACAAGUCAAGAUCCAUAG